AUGCCUAAUAUUGUCAUGCGUAGAGAUGAUUUUGAAAUUCCAAAAGAAUUAUUGUUAGCUGAUCCUUUAUUUACCGAAACACGACCAGUUGAUUUCCUAAUUGGGGGAGGAUUGUUUUGGAAUCUCAUGUGUGUGAAUGAACAACAGUACAAGCUUCGCAGCAAUCAGCCGAUAUUUGGGAUAUUUUGGGAAAACGAGAAUCAUUCUAUAAAAAAGAUGUCUUCUGAGCUCAAUCCACUGGACGAUCUUGAACAGCACUUUCUGUCGAUAACUGAACGAGAUAAGGACGGACGAUUCAUUGUAACUAUACCAUUUAAGGAUGAGGUUAAUGAUCUCGGUGAGUCCUACACUAGGGCACACAAAUGCCUGCUUGCUUUGGAAAGGAAAUUGAGUAAGCAGCCUGAAUUGAAAAAAGCAUAUUCGGAAUUUAUGGAGGAUUAUGAGAAUCAAGAACAUAUGGUUUUGAUUCCAGCUAGAGAAAUAAAAACUGACAAGGUUGUGAAUUAUCUAUCUCACCAUGCUGUCUUGAAGGAAGGAAGUACGACGACGAAGGUACGCGGUGUUUACAAUGGAUCAUUCCCAACUUCUACCGGACUUUCUUUGAAUCAAGUGCAGCGGGUUGGUCCCGUCGUUCAAAAUGACCUCAUUUCUAUUGUACUGCGUUUUCGACAACAUCCCAUCGUUAUAUCUGCUGACAUUGCACAGAUAGCAGACCCAUCUCUGCAUAUUUGCCACUAUGGCCUUACAACUGUCACAUAUGGGACCGAUCCAGCUCCGUACUUAGCCACGCGAGCCUUGCGACAAAUUGGAGAGGAAAACAAGGAGAGCUAUCCUGUGGCCAGUGAAGUCAUCAUUCGCGAUUUCUACGUGGAUAACCUUCUCACUGGAACUUCUACUGUAGAGGAAGCAAGACAGCUGAAAGAGGAAAUUACGAAGCUCCUUGCAGCAUCAUGA